CAGAAUUGCCAAGUGAUCAAAGAUACACACGCUAAAGCGGCAAGCUUGAUGUUGCCUAUCAUCACUUGGCAAUUCCUGGUCUCUGAUAAACAGCUAGCUAAGCUGGUCGUUUGCAUCAAAAAAGCGGGAUGCAGGCUAUCAUCAUGUCCAAUCGAGGGAUAUUUUGCUUAAUUCAAACUAAAUUCAAUUAAAGUGAGAGCAGAAUUAAGUUUGUACAUGAAGGCGUUCAGUUUUAAAUCGAUAGCCCCAUGGAUGUGUUAUUCCAUGAAUUGAGUCAGUCUUCACAUUAACUUAAAACCAUCCAUGAGACGGAUAAAAAGACCUACAUAAUCAAAGGAAGAUCACAGAAGGUAUUCUAACAAGAUCAUAAACCUAAAAAUGGGUCUCAGCAGAGUUGAUGAACUAGAAGCCAAGUACUCGGAGCUUGAAAAACUUUACCAAGAAACCGUCCAAGCACGAGACGAGGCGAUAGAGGAAAGAAACAGAGCAACUGUGGUUCUCGCUUUUCAGCUUGAGAAAGAAACAGCUGAGCUAGCAAAUCACAUCGAAGACUUGAAUAAGAAGAACACGAGUAUCUUGGAUGAGAACGAAGAUCUUUCUAUAAAGCUUGAAUUCGCUCGCAGGGACUUACAAAACUUACAGAAAAAGCACAUAAAGUUACAGUUGGAAAGUGAGCAGCACAUUUGUGAAAGGGACAACGCGAUUGAGAAAGUAAACGAGUUUGAAAAGAAGAAUAGGCUGUUAAAAGAAGAGGUUGAUGAGCUGCUGGUGAAGUUAAACAACACUAGGACAACAAGCGAAAGCAACAGCAAUAAUAGUAUUCUAAUACACCCUACUAUUACGAUCACUAACUGCUGUAGCGUCGAAGACAAAAGGUCGGGGAAUAUCGAUACCAAGAACCAUAACGAGAACGAAAGCAGCAGCAAAAAUGACGACAGCAACUUAAACAGAGUAAGUUAUUCAAGCGAGAGCAAGAGCAGCUUAUCUUCUACAAAUAACCAAAACAAUAACAGCGGACAUAUUAGCAAAAUAGAGAUAAAUAGCAGUCCAGUAGAAAGGAAGAGUACUUCAAAGGAGAACAAUAGCAUAUGCUAUAAUACAAAGAGUAAGAGAAGCAGCAGCAACAACGACAGGAAUAGUAUUACUGCCACCAAAACCAAGAAUAGGAACGAUCCAGUUGUUGACAUUAGUUUACAUUCUUUAUUUGACAAAGAAAAAGGUAUUAAUCAUAACAUCAGCAGUGAAACUAUUGGUAAAGACAAAGAAAGAAACAAAGCUUCAAGUGAUAGGAACACGAACGACGUCAUGAAUGAAGAGCCAAAGCAGGAUUCUAGACUGACAAUCACACUGAAAAAGAACGCAAUAGAAAACGAAUACGACGUACACGAGGAACUGGGAAAGGGCAAGUUUGGCGUUGUUAGGAGAGUAACAAGUAAAUCUUCAAAAGAUGUGUACGCUGCAAAGUAUAUCAAGACUUCCCCCUCGGCUGCGGGUUCGUCACGUGAUGAAGUGCUCAGAGAAAUCGAUAUCAUGAGUCGAUUAAAUCACAAGCGGCUUGUUGGCUUGCUAGACGCUUACGAGAUUGGUAAAAUGAUUAUCAUGAUAAUGGAGUUCGUAUCGGGUGGUGAGCUGUUCGAGCGAGUAGUUGACGAGGACUGUUUGACAGAGAAAGAAGCUGCAUAUUAUAUGCAUCAGAUUCUUGAGGGACUUCAGCACAUGCAUGUCAAGAAUAUACUCCAUCUGGACCUCAAGCCAGAAAAUAUCGUUUGCGUUAGCAAGGAUAGUUGGGAGAUCAAACUGAUUGACUUUGGUCUUGCUCAAGAGUUGAUUCCAGGUACCAAGAUGAAGGCCAUGAAAGGAACACCGGAGUUUAUGGCUCCAGAAACUGUUAACUUCGAUCCAGUUUCCAAACCUGCAGAUAUGUGGAGUGUUGGUGUUAUUGCGUAUAUUCUUCUGAGUGGUCUUUCUCCCUUUAUGGGGGACGAUAAUAACGAAACCCUAUCAAACGUGAACGCAGCCGAGUGGGACUUCGAUGACGAGGCAUUCGACGUUAUUUCAGAUGAAGCUAAGGAAUUCAUUUCACAACUGCUGAUUAAGGAUCCAAAGAAGAGGAACACUGUCGAGUCCUGCCUGGAACACGAAUGGAUGAAGAAAAGUGAAUCUGCAAAUGCAGUAAAAAUUGACACCAAAAAGCUGAAGCAAUUUUUGGCAAAGAGAAGAUGGCAGAAAUCUGUUAACGCUUUGGUAGCAGUGCGACGUUUAUCUUCGAUGUCCAAUUUACUUGGGAUUAACAAAUCACGCCCAUCCAUCGCGCCAAUGUUGGCCAAUCUGUCAGCCGCCGAAGAAGGAGAAGAAGAAAAAGAAGAAGAUGAGAGUGAGAAGGAAGAAAAGUCUAAAAGUGACAAGAAAGAAAAUGAUCUCCGUAAAGUGAAAGUAAAACAAAAUGACUCCAAUAAACCUGUUCAAGUUAAUGGCACGUCGAUCGUAGACCAAACAAGCAGAGCCCACAAAAACAAUCACUUUCAAAAAAAACCAGCAUUCAUCAAAGAACUUGAUGACGUCACAGUCAGUGAAGGUGACUCAGUUACCAUGGAGGUAACUAUUAAUGGAGAUGCCAGAAGUGAUGUUGAGUGGUAUUUUGACGGUGGUGAGGUGAACGAGAGAGAAGGUGUGACGAUAGUGAACCACGGCGAUGGUACUCAUGCAAUCAUCAUCGAUGAGUGUGAGGAGGAAGACACAGGAGAGUAUAGCUGUGUCUUUGAAGCCGAUGCUGGCAAAGCUAUAACAAGAGGAUAUCUUACAGUGGAAGUCGAAUCGAAUGAAGAAAGUGGUGCAGAUAUCGACCCUCCAGUCUUUAACAAAGAACUAACAGACAUGACAGCAAAAGAGGGCGAAACAGCGACAAUGGAGGUGGACGUGAGUGGAGAGGAUUACCAGCUAGAAUGGUUCAAGAACGCUGUGGACAUUGUAGAAGGAGGGAGGUUAUUUUUCACAACGAAUGGAGAAGGUAAACACGCUCUAGUGAUUACAAAUGUGGAAGACGAUGACACUGGUGAAUACUGCUGUGUUGCACAAAAUGAUGGCGGGAGGAACACUUGUGCUGGCUACUUUAUGGUGGCAGUUGAGGGCGAAGAUGAUGAAGAUGAAGAGGACGAAAGCGAGGAAGAAACAGAUGAAGAGUUGUAUGAAGAAAAAGAUAUUGAGAUUAAGAAAGAAUACAUUGAGGACUUCUACGCCAUUGAAGAAGAAAUUGGAAGGGGAAGAUUUGGUAUUGCAAGAAAAUGCGUGCACAUUAGUACCGGUAUUCAUUUCGUUGCCAAGUUCAUCAAAGCACGGCCCAGCCAAAAGGACGAAUUCAAACGAGAGAUUGACGUCAUGAACACAUUACGUCAUCCUAGCUUGUGUCGCUUGCGAGAAGCUUUUGAAAAACYACGGGAACUGGUUAUUGUAAUGGAAUAGGCCGUUGGCAUAACAAGUUAUAUGAUGUUAAGUGGAAUAUCUCCAUUUCUGAGCGAAAGCGAAGCCGAGACAUUUGCCAACAUUACUCAUUGCAAAUGGAGCUUCACUGAAGUGUUCAAUGACGUCGGGGAGGAGGCUAAAGAAUUGAUUACAAAACUGUUAGUAAAGGAAAAAUCGGGGAGGCUUAACGCAGGACAAUGUUUGGAACAUCCUUGGAUAAUGACUACAAGUUUGAGUGACAUCAGUAAUUCUUUGCUCACCAAUGGAGAUCUGCACGAGAGUAUUUCAUCAGUCGAGUCAUAUUUACGAUUGAACAGUACCAGCGAUGAUGUUUUUGUUUCAGAGGAGGAUGUAGAAAAGAAACACGCCGCAGAUACUAGAGAACUUGAAGCCACGUUGCAAACAUUCCUGUUGAAGCUAAGAGAGGUAGAAAGUGAAAGAGCUGAACUGGAAGAAAAGGUCAAAGCAUCAGAAACUAAAACAGAAAGUUUGCAACAAAAACUAGACUCCCAACAAAGGGGAUAUACAGAAACGAUUUCAAACCUACAAAAGGAAAAUGAAAAGUACUUAAAGCAAGUGAAAUCUAAGAACGAACUUUUGGUAAAAAUUGGUGAUCUUGAAACACUACGAAAAGAACUGGAAGAGAAGUUAGAAGAGAAGAACAGAAGUCAUGAAAGCAUGGAAGAAAAGUAUGAUAAUAUGAGGACCAAAAUGGAACAGUAUGACAUGCUUGAAGAGAAAAUGUACAGAUACGAACGAGAGAAGAAAGAAAACCUACUGGCUAAUAAAAGGCUCCAAGAAAAACUUGAAGAAAGUAAAGCUAUCGAAAAAGAUUUGAAAAACAAACAGCUAGAAAACGAGAACAAGAAAUCACAGGAAAUUUCAAAGAUUAUGAACAAAAAAGAAGAGAUUGAGGAAAAGUACAAUAAGCUAGUACAACAAAAAGAGAAACUAGUGUCUGAACUGACUGAAAAGCUCAAAGUUCUCGAGCAAAAAAAGAAUGAAUCAAUUGAACAGAAAGAAAUUUUGGAAAAAAAAGUGAAAGACCUCGAAAAAGAAAAUAGAGCCGUGGAAGAGGAUUUGAAAAGAAAAAGUAUUUCAAGUUUGGAAAAGGAAAAGAAGAAGACUGCAGAUAUCUGUCAACUUAGGAAAGAAAAAGAUGAGAUAGAUGAAAAAUAUACAAAGUUAAGACAGGAGAAAGAAAAUUUAGUUUCUGAACUGAAGAAAAAGUUUGCGAUUAUGGAAAAAGAUAAAAAGAACUCAUUCAAACAAAAUGAAAUUUUAGAGAAAAAAGUAAAAGAACUCGAAAAUGAACUUAAAAAAAGGACUCAAGAGUGUACCAAACUGAAGGAAGAAAUGCAAAAAUCAAGCAACGAUGUAGAGAGGCUGAGCAAGAUGUGCCUUUCUGCUAAGGAAUUUGAAGCGAAUAUAGCAGCAUUAAAGGAAGAGAAAUCUGAACUUGAAAAGGAGGGAAAUAAGUUAAGAAAACAAAAGGAAGACGCUCAAAAGACCUGCGAAGAACUGGCAUCAAAGUUGAGUAAAUCGUAUGGAGAGGUUGAGAAGCUGAAAUCCUUGCGUGAUCAGACUAUGGAGUUAGAAAAACUCAAAAACGAAAAUCAAGAAACCAAGAAAAAUCUCGAUACAGCGGAAGAAAAAUGCUUUCGACUUCAGAGUGAACUUCAAUCUUGUGCAAACAAAGUAUCUGAUCUACAAAGAGAGCUUCGAUCUGUACAGAAUUCUGUCGAACUGAACAAUGGCAACCCGUCUGACUCUAACAUUGAAACACUCAAGACGACAAUUCUUGACUUAGAAGCGACAAUUUUGACCCACAAAUCGACUAUUGCAGUAUCUAAAGGUGAGAUCGAUUUGCUGCAGGAAAAGCUUGCUGUAGAACACGAAGAAAAGGCUCAACUGAUGGAUGAAUUAACCGACAAGAAAAGGGAAUUACAUUCCUUGUCUGCAAAACUAGCCAAGACAAAAGCAAUCGAAAGCAAGACUGAAAAGAAACAGCAAGACACGGGCCCGGAAAAACUUGAAACUUUGAAACAAGAAACAAAACGCCUCUUAAAAGAAAAGGAAGAAAUUGGCCUUCUUCUCAAGACACAAACUGUUCAAAAAGAAGCAGUAGACAAAGAACUUGCUCUGUUACGAGAAGAGAAGCAACAAUUCGACAACAACAGUAUUAUAGCACUUCGUCAAGAAGUCCAGGAACUCCAGACUUUAACAAAGAAAUUAUCAAAACAAAAAGAGGAACUCAGCAUAGGUAUCACGCUGAGGGACAAGAAGAUUAAAUUGUACGAAAAUGAGAUAGAAGAGCUCCAGAAAAGAAAAACUCAAAGUGACGAUACCGGAGCUGAUAAAGUUGUCACCCAAAAUGGAAUUACAGAAAAAUCAAAUAAAGAAGUAGAGGAGCUGAGGGAUCAACUUAGAAAGGCGAAGCAGAAAUCAGCUGCCACUGAGGCAGAACUUCAACAACUUAAAAGUAGUUAUCAAACAAAGCUUAAAGCUGAACAAGAAGAGAUGGAAAACAAAUGGACAAAACGAUUAAGGAAAGAGUGCUCUGAAUUACAGACAGAUCUUGCAAAGAGGUAUGCACAAGAAAAGCGCUUGUGGCUCAAGAAGGAGAACGAACUUCAAAACAUGAUACGACAGAUGAAGGUGCUUUUAGACAAGCGAACAAAAGAAGCUGCGGAAGAGAAGAAAAGAUUAGAGAAUAAAUUACCAAAAGCGAAAGCUUUUCAGGAAAGCACGGCAAGUCUUGACUCUGGUUCAAUAUCGGAUGACAUAGUAGAUGGAGGUUCAUCGACCCCCUGCGAAGAGAUAAAGAAAGAGGAGACCAGCUUUUCCAAUAAUAACGAUGCCUUAAACGACCGAGAUCUUCGUCGAGUGGCAUAUAAACUAACUAACGACGAGUGGUCUCAGCUGGGGACAUUCUUAGGUGUGGCUGAUACAGAUCUUCACAAGAUGAUGGGCCUUAAUAUGGGACCUCAGGAGAAAGCCUUCCGUUUAUUGGGCAUAUGGAGGACGCAAAGUACCUUAGGAAAGAACCAAUUGGUUUCACAGCUUGCAGUGGCUCUUGAGGAAAUCAACCGAAAAGACCUUGCUCAGUUUGUGGUGGAGCAAAUGAUGUCAGGAAAGCCAAGAAAAAAGUUUUUUGGGUGGUAAAAAUUUAGGUGUUAUGAUGUAUACUUAAAGAUGAGUAUUAUAAGAACUAAAAGCCUGUGGCAUUAUUAGCACAUAAAUAUCUAUUUUCGCGUGGGCGAUAAUGGAACUGAAAAGGGCAGGGAUACAUUACAAGAGCGUAUAGCCACGUGAUCGUAAUUUGUUUCUUGCCAGUUUUGGAUCCAGAAUGAUACGUCUGUCAAUCACACCGCCUUGAUUCGUUUUCUUGGAUCUUAUUCCGCGCAAUUUCAAGAAAAUAAAAAGAUAGUUAUUGCAAAUGGCUGUUUUGUUGGUGAAAAUGAUAUUUAAUCAAUUUCCGUAGUAUGUCCUCUUAUUUAACACCAUUUUCGUCACCUAGACGUCAAAUGUUGUGGACUCAUGAGACGUAGCCGAGGAAAUAAAGAAAAAUGUAACAAUUUUUACUACAAAGAAAAGAAAGGGAAAAAAGUUUGCUUGUUUUUAUUGCGUUAUUUAAUAUAAGUUGAGCUGUUGUAUGGGAAAAUCACCAAUAAAAUAUAAAUCCAAUCCAA